AUGGGGAGUAUCUUCAGAGACUUCCAGCAGGCCCAGCGGGACGGGCAUGGCGGUCUCUUGGCCAUGAGUCUGGCGCCCAUCAGUCCACCUCAGGAUCCCAAUCGACUCGCCGCGUUUGCUCAAUUGAGCAAUUAUCAGACAAUCGCUUCUGAUGUGAGAUAUCAUCUUAUUCAAGAUCGUCACGCAAUCAAGCUCCCAAAAGCUGAAGCAAAUGCUUGGGUUGAUAUAUUCGUCGCCCUGUGGAAAGCAGUGAAAGAAUUGGUGGGUAUUGAGCAGCAUGACGGCACUGGCAACUGGUCCAAAGCAUUCGACGCUUACAAGGAAGUAUGCAAUCUUCUCGUCAGAGGAUAUACAAACUUCGGCUUCCAAGCCUGGACUGUGCCAUGUCUUAGUAUUACAGGCAAGUACCUCAGGAUCAUAGCCAUCAAAGCAGAUGCAGAGGGAAAAGCAAAGGACCCAAAUGGAGAUGUCUUCGCCAAUGGAUUUUCUGAUGAUAUCAUGGGUGAUUCCAACAAGAAUGAAAGACUUGAAGCAGCAGCUUGGACGAUCAACCGCAUGUUCACCGUUUGCCUGAGUGAUCGUUCUGACUUAUCUGAGUCCCGAAAAUGGGGCAUCUACAGCACUACCAAUCUUCUUUUCAAAACCUACUUCAGGCUCAAUUCGAUUUCCUUGACAAGAAAUGUUCUGCGUGCUCUGGAAGCUACUGGGGGAGAUCUUCCAGAACUUGAUCGGUUUCCAAAAUCCCAGAGGUGCACAUUCAAGUACUAUCGCGGAGUCAUCGACUUUCUACAAGAAAAUUACACGGAGGCAGAGGAAAAUCUUACAGAGGCAUUAAAUCUUUGUCAUAGAGAUGCUUUGAAGAAUCGUGAGCAAAUUCUUACCUACCUCAUACCAGCCCAUGUUGUCAACCACCAUCAACUUCCCAACAACACUCUCAUCUUACCCCAUCCAGUUCUGAAGCGCAUCUUCACGCCUUUGUUCGCAGCGAUCCGAGAUGGCUCUCUUGCGGCAUUUGAUGCUCAACUCUCAGCAUCAGAGCCUGAAUUGGUCAAACGGAGAAUCUAUCUCACCCUUGAACGAACAAGAGCAAUUUGCAUGCGAAAUCUGUUUCGAAAGGUGUUUCUGGCUGCAGGCUGGGAAGAAAGCAAAGAUUCCGCUACAGGUGAAGUGACAGGACAAAUUCGCCGAACCAGAAUUCGCAUUGAGGAGUUCGAGGCUGGAAUGCGUAUCAGCUACAAGGGAGCAACUGAUGUGAUCAUCGAUAGAGAUGAGGUUGAAUGUUUUCUUGCAAACAUGAUUUACAAGAACUUGAUGAAGGGCUACAUUGCACGUGAACGAGGCAUUGUUGUUCUUAGCAAGGCUGGUGCCUUUCCUGGAACUAAUGUCUGA